AUGCGCACAGAUGCACGCGCAGAGGAUAAAACCGCUUGGAGGUCGCGCAAACUGUCGACCACUCUCUGCACACGAAUCAGCAUUCCGCGAUUAAUACCACAAAUGGCACCGCAAAACAGCGACAGACCCGUCUAUACCUUGGCUGAAGGGAGACCGGCAGGAGAUCCAACAUCACAGACUGUUCUGCGAGGCAAUCCACUAAAAGGCGGCGGUCUUGCUCUUCUGUCCGAUACUCAGCUCAUCGAAACGCUUGCACACUUUCCUCGCGAGCGGAUACCUGAGCGAGUCGUGCACGCAAAAGCUGCGGGAGCGUGGGGAGAGUUCGAGGUCACACAUGAUAUCACCAACAUCACAUCUGCCAACCUUUUCAGUGAGGUUGGUAAGAAGACCAAGGUUCUGGCACGACUUUCCACCGUUGCCGGCUCCAAAGGCUCCUCAGACACGGUUCGCGACAUCCGGGGAUUCGCGCUGAAAUUCUUUACCGACGAGGGCAAUUGGGAUUUUGUUGGCAACGAUUUACCUGUCUUCUUCAUCAGGGAUCCGGUCAAGUUCCCUUCGCUGAACCGCUCACACCAAAACCACCCUCAGACGCACGUUCCUGACUCGAGCAUGUUCUGGGACUUUCACAACAACAAUCAAGAAGGAACGCAUUGCCUGAUGCAGCUGUUCGGCCAGCGGGGUGUGCCAGAGAGCUUGAGAAAUGUCAACGGGUACGGAGUUCAUGCUUUCAAGUUCGGCAAGCCUGAGGAUGGCUCUUUCAAGUACGUCAAGCUGCAUUUCAAGCCUGAUGGCGGCAACAAGACUAUGAAGGCAGCCGACGCCGUGCGUCUUGCUGGAGAAGAACCCGACUACCACGUCAAAGACAUGUACAACGCCAUCGAGAAGGGCGACUACCCUACUUGGACCCUCUUCAUGCAGGUCAUGGAUCCCAAGGAGGCCGAAACCUACCGCUGGAACAUCUUCGACGAUACCAGAAUCUGGCCGCACAAAGACUUCCCUCUCCAGCCCGUCGGCAAGCUCACGCUGAACAAGAACCCGGCCAACUACUUCCAAGACACUGAACAAGCCGCCUUCUCCCCCAGCAACAUGGUCCCGGGCAUCGGUCCCUCCGCAGACAUCAUGCUGCAAGCGCGCAUGUUCAGCUACCCAGACGCAGCCCGCUACCGCAUCGGACCAAACUACCAGCAGCUCCCCUGCAACCGCGCAAAGUACGUGUACUCCCCCUACCAGCGCGACGGGCCCAUGCGCAUGGACGGCAACUACGGCGCAGACCCCGACUACGUGCGCUCCUCGUUUCGCAAAGUCAACUCGGGCGGGCCUACCGACGUUGCGCACGACGAGUGGAUCGGGUCAGUCGCCAACUACACGUCCGAGGUGACGGACGAGGACUUUGAGCAGCCGCGCGAUCUGUGGGCGCUGUUCAAGCAAUGGGGACAGGAUGAGGUGUUCAUUUCGAACCUGAGCGGACAUCUGAAGAAGGCGCUGCCGCAGGUGCAGAGGGAGACCAUCGGCGUGUUCGGCAAGGUGGACCGGGAGAUUGCGGAGAGGCUGGAGGUGGCGCUGGGGGAUUUUCUGAGCGACAAGGGUGUCGACCACGUCAGUGACACGCCGUACGGGCUGCAGCCGGCGUACGGCGGAGGGUAUUGA